CCUAAACCUAGAAACUUGAGUCGCAGCUGUGGCUGUACAUUGGAAUUUCACUUUCCGUAGAGGCAAGAAACUUUCCAGCAGAUGAAAGAUAAGUAGUUGACAGUUACUUAAGAACAAGCAUUUUAUAGAAAUCCCUCUCAAGACGAAUUUGUCGGACACCUACAACUCAACGACAGUCUCCAUGUUGGUGAUAAAAAAGACCCGUAAGCCCCGCGGUCGGGCCAAGUCGACUUGUGCUAUGAGAGGCCGCGGUUCUCGCGCGUGACUACAGGGAGGCUCCUCGGCCCUGGAGGACGCCGGGUGGAAACCGCCGCACCACCCCUCACCUAACCCACCCCCACACCACCAUCCCCCACCUCCUGCAGUACCCCACAUGCCAAUCAACCAUCAUCUACCCGGUAUUAUGGCCCAUCCAGGGUCAAUGCCAGGACACAUGCCACACAUGCCCGACGGAAGACCACUGGAGCAUGGGAGACAAACCCCUUACUUUGGACAGCCUGAUUAUCGAAUUUAUGAAAUGAACAAGCGGUUACAGCAACGGACAGAUGAUAGUGAUAGUCUUUGGUGGGAUGCUUUUGCUACAGAAUUUUUUGAAGACGAUGCAACUUUAACUCUGACAUUUUGUUUAGAAGAUGGACCAAAAAGAUAUACAAUUGGACGUACUUUAAUUCCUCGUUACUUUCGCAGUAUAUUUGAGGGAGGUGUUUCUGAUCUAUCCUUUAAUCUGAAACAUCCUAAAGAAUCUUUCCAUAAUACCAGCAUUACGUUAGAUUGUGAUCAAUGUACAAUGAUAACAUAUCAUGGGAAGCCUAUGUAUAAUAAAGGACUUGGUGGCCAGUAUCCCAAUGAUCCUAUGAAAGACCAAAUAGUAAAGGAUAAUGCAGUUGUGGUCUGCACAGAAGGGAGAUUAAUUUUAGAAUUUACAUUUGACGACCUUAUGAGGAUCAAAUCUUGGCAUUUUGCCACACGUCAACACCGGGAAUUAGUUUCACGUAGCCUCAUUGCUAUGCAGAUGUCCCUUCAUAUGGAGGCCCAACAGCAAGAUCCUGUUCUUCUAGAGCAGUUAUCCAAAAAUAUCACUAGACAAGGCUUAACUAAUUCUACACUAAAUUAUUUACGAUUAUGUGUAAUCUUAGAGCCAAUGCAAGAGCUUAUGUCAAGGCACAAAGCAUAUGCUUUAAGUCCAAGAGAUUGUCUUAAAACAACACUUUUCCAAAAGUGGCAGCGCAUGGUGGCACCUCCAGAAACUCAGCGUCCUCCUAGCAAAAGACGCAAGCGAAAAUCAUCUGCAGCCAAUAGUGGGGGAGCAAAUCCUGGUGGAAAAAAGAAAAAUAUUUCACCUGGUCCUCCUAAUUUUACCCUUGCAUCUCAGGAUGUGAUGGUUGUCGGGGAGCCUUCCUUAAUGGGUGGUGAAUUUGGUGAUGAGGAUGAAAGACUCAUUACUAGAUUAGAAAAUACACAGUAUGAUGCUUCAGCUGCUGCAGCAGCUGCUAAUGGUUUAGAAGACACGGAAGAUUUUCCUUCAAAUCCUAUAACAUCAGUUCCAAGUACAACAGGUGGACCACCACCUUCAACUUGGUCUGGCCCUCCAUCAGCUGGUGCUCCAUCUUCUGAACGCACCACUGUUUCAGCUCCUUCUUCUAGUUCCCAACCAGCAAGUCAAGAUGAUAAAAAGUCUUCUCCUAAUUUGAGUCAAUAAUUUUUCUUAAACAAACAAAAUAAAGAAAAUCAAAUUAUAUGUGACCAACUUAUUAUAUUGAAAAAUGAGUGUAUGUCUCAGUCAAAAGAGUUCAAUAGUGAUAUUUUGUGAUGAUAUUUGACCAUAGCUAAAAAGUUCCUAUGUUAGUAUCUACAUAAAGCAGUUCUUUUAAAACAAAUGUAAUUUACUUCAUGCUUAUUGAACCUUUUUUCUAAGUCAGAUAUAAAGUUAACAUAUAGAUAAUUUCAUUGAGAAGUUAUAAAAUUACGUUUCAGAAACCGUUAGUUAUAAAUGAGUUCAAAGAAAAAAAAAUGUAAUCAUUUUUUUUUUUUGAGAAUUUGGUUGAAUCCUGGUUUAAUGUGCCCCCCGCGUUUGUCGUCAGUAUGGUAACCCUAACAGGCAAGCAGAAUAGUUCUCCUAGUAACCCUAACAGGCAAGCAGAAUAGUUCUCCUAGUAACCCUAACAAGCAAGCAGAAUAGUUCUCCUAGUAACCCUAAUAUUGAUUUGUUUACAAUAUUUUUCGCUUGUUGAGUUGUACAUCAACUACAACAAUUUUAUAAGAAAUGAAAAUUAAAAGUAAUCGGCAAAUAAAUGUCCAUUAAAGAAUUUAAUUUACUUUUUAUAAUUUAAAGCGUUAUUAUUGUUAUUAAAACAUAUCAAUGUUAUUUUGAAGUGAACUAUGACUAGAUAAUAUUUAACCUUUUGCAAUUCAUAUUGAAUUAAUUUAUUCUAAUUAAAAUUAUUUAUUCAUGAAUUUUAUCAGAACAGAAAAUUAAAACCAUAUGCUCGAGCUUUUUGAAAUCGUUUGUCUUUAUUUCACAAUUUGUCAUUUUAAUAUUAUCUUCUCUAUCUAAUUGAAUUCUCCGUGAUUUGUUGCUCUUUACAUGGAUUUCUCAUGUAAAUUUGAUAAGUCUGUGAUUGUUCAAAAAUUGAUGUAUGGUGAUAGGGAUAAUCACAAAUAUGAGAGAUAUUGCGUUGGAGAAUUCGAUGUCUGCAUUUCGAAAUAUCUAUGGUGCCGGCAGAACAACAUUUGCAUUACUGAAAAGUUCCUCUGCUUUUUUUUAUAUGGAAAUUCUUAAAUCAUUCCCUGUGCAAUUUAAGAAUUAGUUGAACCGAGUCAAUGUAUUUUAAUUCUUAAAAUUUCUUAAGAAAAUAUCCAUCUUCUGGAGACGUAUUUAUUAGGAGCGAAUGCUUUCUUUUUUUCUUUGUGCUGUGUCUGUUAUUCCCAGAAUCAUUAUGCUCAAAGUGCUAGCGAAGAUACUAGAUUCCGCUCAUGCUGCUUGAAAAGCCGUGGGAUUUAUUUUAAGGUAAAAAAUUCCCUAGGUGAUUUAUUCAAAUACCAAUGGUAUCACUUGUUUAAUUUCAUUAUCUAAAGUGCUGAUCGUGCAGCCAGUUUUCAGAAGUUCUUUAUUUUAGAAUUUGAAGGAGAUUCAGCAAUUAUAAUCCAUAAUGGUAUGAAAAGAAGUCUUCUUAGAUAAAAUAAUCGCGAGCAGUAAAGUUCAUAAUUUUAAUAAAUUAGGUGGGUAACUGUAACUGUUUCAACUCAUUGUAUAUCUAGUUAGCCAUCUUGAUUGACGACUUCGCACUAUGGGAAUCCUUGACCUAGUAAGGGGCACACUAAAUUAGGGCUUUAUUGUUAAUUAUAUAUUUUUUAGUAUAAAUUUCGGAAUUUUAAUGAGUAUUAUUAUUUUUUAUCCUCUGAAGUGAAUUUUAGGAUUUUCCUUGUUAAUAUAAAAAUGUUUCAUUUCUUUGACAUAAUGCUGUUCUUUUGAUAUGGGGCAAAUGUAACCUGGUGAAGCUGUCGAGCAGAUUACAUGUUACUUCCAAAAUGAGUUCAAUCAAAAAAAUUAAAACAAAUGAAUACAAUUAAUGAUGAACAUGCAAGUAAAUUUAAAUAUAUGAAUAAAUUGUCGCGAUUCAUUUUUUAUUGAGUACUUUGCCCUAGAUAUGUUAUUUUGCAUGGAGAAUAAUUUAUUAAACAAAUGUCUGGUAUUUGAUCCUGUUCUGUUUUUUGAAUUGUGAAGUUGUGAAAAUGAUUUUUCACACUGAAUUUCAUAAACUUUUGUUAUCAACCGAUGUAGUGCAAUUGAAAAUUUUUAGUGUAAAAGUGUAUUUAAACAUGUACAGAAAGAAUCCACUAGCUUAGUUAAGAUUUGUAUAUAAUAAAAUGUUAUUACCCAUUUAUAAUGAUAAAAGAUUUUAUGGCUCAUGUUUAAAUAAUGUUGGGUUUACUUUUACUCAGAAACAUUAGCUCUAUUACUAAACUCGGCUUUUCUUUUUCAUACUCUCCGUACGAAGUUCUGUAAUGUAUUUAUAAACAUAUACAUGCCAUGUUUCAUCAGAAUUAUUUUUUCAUCCUUUCAAGAUGGCUUAAUAUAUGUGAAUUUGUGGGUUUGUAUACAUAUAUACAUAUGCACAUAUUUCGUGUUUUGUCACAGUGAGUUUCAUCAGCAGUAUGUGCAAAACUACCUAUUCCUGCACUUUUUGAUGAUUUUUAAAUAACAUUUUAUAUAAUAAUUAUUUUGCAUUCCAGCAUUUUUAUGUAUAUGCUAAUAUUCAGCUUCAGAAAUGUUUUAUCCCUACUUUGUUCCCUCAUGGUACUCCUAUUUGCAUAUAUUGCUGCCUUUACUCAUAGUGAAAUUUGUUUAAAUUUUCAUUUAAAAAAAUAGAAUUGCUAGUUAAUUACUUUAUUUAAAACAUUAGAUGAAAUAAGUAGAUUUCGAAAUAUCUGAAAGUGGUUAUGGUAUUAGAAAUCUUCUUUUUCCAUUUUUUUAUAUAUUAUAAUUGAAUAUUGAAUGCAAAUUUGGAACUUAUGUAUCUGCUUAGUUAUGAAGUUGUUACACAAAUGCGCAAAAUGUUUAAUUUUUGCAAUUGUUUCAAGUGUCUGGAACAUUUAAAUAACUUUUUUAAUUAUGUAGCAAUCUCAGAUGUUAUAUGUAUAUAUAUAUAUAUGUGUGUGUGUUUGUCUUAAAAUUUUGUGAACAUACGAAGCAAGUUUUUUUAAAACAUACUGUAUUAGUAAAAUUUAAAACUAUAGUGAUAUAUGUUACUAUUCUUUUACUAAAUAUUUCUAGUAUCACCAUGUAAUAUUAUUGGAAUUUGUACUUGUUUCAAAUACAUUAUUCGAUUCUACAAAAUAUGUAAAGCUGUGGGCAAUUCUUGUUUUCAGCAGAAGUGCUGUACAAUCUGCCUAAAAUUCAAUUUUCUUUCUUUAAUUUUAAUAUUAUAUCCUCUUUAUAAGUGAAUAUUCAACAGUGACUUGUACUCUGUAGAGACUUGCACUACUGAAUAUAUUUUCUUCAAAUUGUGAUCAUAACUAUUGUGAAGCAUAUGGAAGAUUUUGUAUCCAUUAAAUACAGGGUUGCCAUAGCACCGGGAAAAUGCAGGGAAUUUAAAAAUCGUCUAAAAACGAAAAAUUCAGGAGAAUUUGAAAAAUUCCCUAUAAACCGUGAAAGUACUACUAAUUUUAACUUUCUUAGGUUUUUUUUUUUUUUUUUUUUCCUUUCACUCCCAUCUAAAAAAUGUUGAUCUCUGAACAUUGCAAAAAUAAAAAAUAGACCGUAGUCAUGGCUCCAAAAACGAAAAACAGCUUUCAAGGCUAUGUAAUUGUGGAAACUCACUCAUUUUCCUCUUGCUCCAAUUUUUUUCUGUAUAUAUUAGUCUAAUUACAAUUUAAAAGACAGUUGUUUUCUUUCCAUGAAAUUCUUGGAUUGCUGUUAAUACGCGAGAUUGUUAUAACUUCAUGAGAGUGAAUAAAUUUCUCUUGCUGGUAUAGCAACAUUCAUUCUGUGGAAGCAUCGCGGUUGUUGUUAUUUUGUGUUUUGCUUCACCCUAAUCCGAAAUUUUUGCGUGAUUUCCAGUCUGCCCCCCCCCCCCCUAAUAUUUAAAUUUUGCCAUUUGCAUCCUUUCCUUGCUUUUUCCACUCAUUGAAACUGCAGAAUAUUGUUAUUUUAUUAUAAUUAAUACCUGAGUGCUGUUCGCGCAUUUCCUCUUAUAUUGUAUAUACGUACAAGUAAUUUUUUUCCAGGUUUGCAUGGCAACCCUGUAAAUAGUUUUAUUAUUAUUAUUAUUAUUGCUUAAGAAUAAUAUUUCCAUAUAUAAGAAAUUUUUUUUUUCACUGUUGUUAUUUGUCUUCGAUGAAAUCAUUAUAAAAAGUUUAAAUCAUUUAAUUUAUAUGCUUACGAGUUGGCACUUGUAAUGUUUAAAUAAAUUUUAUAUAAUUUUCUUAACUGUUUGGUGCAGUGGAUAUUCUCAUUUGAAAAUAAAGUUUCAGGUGAGAAGAGGCCUUUGUAUGUUAUAACCAAAAUCUGGAUACCUGCAAGAACAAAACUUUUUUUUUUAUCUCAAGCAAUAUAAAGUAUCAUCUAGUCAUAUAAUUAAUGUAAAGAUAACUCAAGCUGUAACCUGUUUAAUCGAUAAAGAAUAAUGUUUGGCUAGGCUGUGCACCAUAAUAAUAUUAUCUACCGCACUUGUUUGUUUCAUAAGUGUUUAAUUCAAUGCUAUGGAAGAUAAGAACUUAUUUUGUAGUCAGCCUAAGUGUUUUAUUAAUCAUAUUUAAAAGAAAAUUAUCAAUUAAUAUUUGGAUGUUAUUUUCGAAACUCGUUUUGUGUAUCAAGGUCAGGUUUUGAAUUUGUAAUUAGAAGGGAUGAAUCAUGAAAAAUGUUUUUGCUACUUGUGUGUAAUUUCGGAAUAAAUAGUACAAGAUGAACUCAGAAUUAUUUUCUUUAUAAUUUUUUUUAAUGAACAGAGAACAUAUUUAUCAAUAUCUUCAGCUGAAAGAAAUGAUUAUUUCAUUUUAAUAUGUGCAAUCAACAUUGUAAAUUAAUGAAAGCAUUUUAGUUUCAUUAAUUAUUCUUGUAAUAAUAUUUUAUAAUUAAUUUUACUUUGUAUAUAUCUAUAUAUCAAAAUAAUGGUGAGACGGAGAUGCAUCAUUAAAAGUUCCUUUAUUAGAUUCCUUACAAUUUAUCCAUUUUAAUGCAGAGAAUCCAUAAGAAAGUGAUGCUUACAGAUUCUGAUUCGAAUUUAUCAACAGGUUUGUGAACAGAUGACUAGAAAAUUGGGAUAUUAAUGAAAACUAAUUCUAAGAACCAGAUAAAUUUACAGUGAUAAUACAGAUAAUAAUUCUUAAUUUAUGACUGGUUCAGAAACACAUUACCAUUGAAGAAUAUUUUUUUUUUCAUCUGAUUCAGAGCUUGAAGUCAUGUUGAUAGAGAAGGUCAGGAAGUCGCUUUGUUAUUGGGCCAGGAUUACAAUUUCUGCUGUUGUAAAAUAUUCAUUAGUAGCUUUAUUUUGAUAGAAUUUUGAAUACUGCUGCAAAAGAUUUUAAUAAGCUUUGUCUGCUCUAAGCUACUUCAGUUUUAAGAAUUGAUACUAGUGUUUUACAAUCUCAUGAAAAGAAAUUAUAUGAAACAAUUUAUCUCAAAAUUACAUUUAAAAUCCAGUUUUCUUGAAUGCAGCAGAUUGUAUUAAAUUUUCUUAUUUGAUUUUUCUUUUCAUUAAGUUUCGAAUUUGAAACUUGCUUGUUUUUUUUUUUUAAUGAUUUCCAUAUUAAUAAUACUAUUCACGCAUUAAUUUAGCUUCGACUAAUUUCAGUGGUGCAUUACCUAUAUUGCAUGGAGAAAAUUUUUAUUCAUUCUACUAAAUAGAUUACUGAUAUCUGUUUAUGUUAAAUUUUAUUGCAAAAACUCAUAAUCCUUAUGCAGUGAAAGGUUUUUCUGUUCUUGACAUUGUUUAUUUCACCUAGUGUUUUUUUUUUUUUUUAAUUGUGAAGAAAACAGCUUUGAAUAAUUAUGUUGUUUUAUAUCAAGUUGUGUUUUUCAAACUGCUGUACUGCAGAUUGGAUUUUAAAAAAAAUCUAUGAUAAGAUGUAAUCUGUGAUUUAAAAAAAAGGUAGUAAUCCUAUCAUAUUAAAAAAUUUAACUAAUUUUCUGUGAAUUAAAGGUUCUUUAUUGCAUUCAUUACUUUGAAAUUUCUGAAAAAUCAGAGCAUUAUGUCAUUAUUUUAUUUUUGGGAAAUUGAAAUUGAAGAUUUUUAUUAAAUUAGAUGGAUAAGCAAUCAAUUAAAGCCUGAGUUUGUGUAUAUUUCACUGUCAAAUUAAAGUGAAGGCUAUCUGAAUCAGCAUAUACUUUUAAUACAUUUAAAUGUUCCAUCCAACUUGUCUCAUUUUUUGUGCAAUUUAUUUUAGUUAAUUUUCUACUCUCUCUUGAAAUAAACGUUUUCAAAAUAUAGAAACCAUUUUCAAGGUAUUUCUUUUCUUUAUAAAAGUAAAUGAGCUUUUCCUUGAUUAUCAAAUAUGGAUGAUCGCAUUCAUUUAUUUUCUACUAUAAGUAUGUAUCAAUUUUCACUUACAGUCAUACAAACUACUAUGAAAUUCUACUUACUUAGCUAAAGCAUAAAUGUCAUGAAACUCUUUUAAAACUGAAGUUCAUAAUAUUUUUUGGAUUGAAAAUAUCUUUACUUUUUAGUAUAACCUUGAUAUCUAUGUUUUCUAUUUUAAAAUCGCUGAAAUAAUAAAAUUUGUAAUCUGAAAUCAUUUUUAAAUUGCUGUAUGCAAAUUCAUUUUUGUUUAUAGCACACACACACAAAAAAAAUGUAUUGAAUUCUGUAAAUUGAAAGAAAUUGAAGAUCAUCUCACAUCAGGUAAGAUUUAUUAUUAUUAUUAUUUUUCGAAGUAGUAAUAAUAAUGACAGGACGGAAUAUUUAUGAAGCUUUUGAAUCUUAAGUGUUCGAGGGAGGGGGGUCGGCUGCUAGGAAAUUUUCUUUAGAGGAAUUGAUAUAUUCAGUAAAAUUUUAAAUACUGAUGUAUUUUUAAUAUAUGGUGAGUGAAGAAUUUGAUUCUACUAACAAAUUAAAAAGACUUAUUUAUUAAUAUAAAAUUCCUUAUGUAUGAUAAUUUUGACUAACAAUUUCUUUUUAUAAGUGUGCCAAAUAAGGUUGUCAUGUUCAUGAAUUGCUGAAAUUUUGCAGCAUUUGGCUAUUUUUUUAAGUUAUUUUAAAUAUUAUGUAGCAAUAACAAAGUUCAGUCAAUAUUUCUUUUGCACGUCAAUUGACUUUCUGAAUUUGUAUAUGAGCAUCAUAUUUAGUUAUCACAUGUGAAAACUGAUCUGUAUGAGUAUUAUUUUAAAAAGAGUUGAUAGUUACAAUAUAUUUGUAAUAAAUUAUAUGAUCUA